AUGGGGAAAGCCGAGAGUGAGCAGUCCCCGUCCGCCAACCAGGGGCUGGAGGAGGGCGGGAGGCGGUCGGAGGGCAAUGCUUGUUCGAGCUGCAGACAGUGCUUGUGGAUCGGAAGGGGGGUGAGGCUCAGAUGCGUGGCAGCGCUGGCGCUUGGCGUAGCCGUACUUCUGUCGGCAGUUUUUUGGCUCCCGUUUCUGAAUGGCGGUGCUCAUCCGGAAGGGGGAGACGAUCGAGUUGGAAGUAAGGAUGAGGACAUUUGUCCUGGUUUGUCGGUUGAUGCUCUUUUAUUACAUGAUUUUUGAGUCGUUAGAUUGGACGGUCAUUCUGUCCUGCGGAUAGGUAAAAGGUGGAUUGCAUUUCCUUCAACAAACAGAUUCUCGAUUGCAUUCAAUUUUUUUCCUGUCCAUUUAACGAUUUCUUCUGCGUUUUGAAGUGAUAACUAAUUUUCAACUCUCUCUGUGUCUGUUUCUUUCCCUCCCUCCCUCCCUCCCUCUCUCUUUCUCUCUUUUUUUCUCGCUAUCUCUCUCGCUCUCUCGCUCUCCCCCUCUCCCCCCUCUCCAUAUCUCCCUCUCUCUCUUCCCCCCUCCAUUUCCCUCUGUCUCCUCGCUCUCUCUCUCUCCCCUCUUCUCCUCCCUCUUCUCCUCCCUCUUAAUUGACGUGAGUAUCUCUAGAUUUUUGGAGAUCUAUUGACUGCGAGAUUACGACGAUGAGAUAAACUGUGGCGGUGGUGGCGCAGAUGCGGCAACAUAUUUUAGCUCUUUCUAAUAUUCGCUCAUGCUAUUCAACGUACAUUGGCUAAAAUGUUGUCUGGGUUGAGCUUAGUAGGUGUUGUGUGGUUUAGCUGUGCCAGAUUUCCUGAUUUCAACCAGCUUGAUUGUCUACAAGUUGAUACUCUCUCUAGUACUUGGACCGGAGUAAUGAAGGGCAUACUCUAUUUUUAACACCAUAGUUGGAAUCGCAUAGCAAGUAGAUGAUCCGUAUGCUAUAUAUCUUCAAAUACUGGAUAUUAAAUUCGUUACCUCAGUUGCUAGAGAUAUUUCAUGGAUCAGUGUCCUCAUCCAGUGGAUGUAAUCCCUAGCAUCAGAAAAAUUUGGUUAUGUAGUCUCCUAUUCAGUAGUUAUUUCCCUACAGGUCUUCAUCUCUUUGUUGUCUUUUUACAUGCCUUCUCAUGGCAAUAAAAUGCUUGAGUUAUUUCCGUGAACCUAAUUUUUUUAGUGUCUUCUACUUGUAUUUGCACGACAACAUCGCUUUAUGAGUUCAACCAAAGCCAUGUUUUUUCUGUUUAAGUAUGCAUCCUGCCAACAACUGCAGCUGCAUUGAUAUUUUGCAAAGGGAAGAAGAUUGAUUGACUUGGGGAAUUAACUGAUUUUUUUUGCUUAUUCUUCAUUUUGUAUAUGCGUUCUGUAAACCCAGGAAUGCAAUAAAGCUUAUGUUUGAAAAAGUAAAUACACUGAUAAUCUUUGAUUGAUGGAAGAAAACAUCGGACUAUGUGAUGCCCAUCGAUUAAAUCUGUCAUACUCUAUGAUUUGACUAAAAAAUCUCUCUGUAUCUGUCUCUCCCUCUCUUCAUGGUGUCUUCAUGAUCUCUUCACGCUGCAAUCUAGCAAUUUGAAGAAUAGGCUGUGACAUAUGCAUCUAUAUUUUUGACUAGACAGAUCUCACAGCUGUGACUAUGCAUCUAUAUGCAUCUAUAUUUUUGACAUAUGCAAUCUAGCUAUGCACAUGUUGUCUUGAUAAAUUCUGUGUGAUGUUAAUUAAUAGGCUGUCAUGGUAAUUCGAUAAUCUAAUUCAGUGACAUAAUUUUUCUCUUCAGCCAACAUAGUAGCAAGUUUUCAACUCCAGAGGCCUCUCUCACAGCUGGAUGCAAAUAUUUCACAGCUUCGACAUGAUAUCUUUGAAGAGAUUGGUGUUGCCAAUUCUUCGGUACCUCUCAUCUGCCCACUUUUUAUAUGCCUGCGUGUGUGGGCAUCCAUGGGGGUGUGCAUGCCUUCAUGCCUUUAUGUAGUGCAUGGAUGCAUAAGCAAAUGCAAUUCCUCUAAACUUUUUCUUUUCUCAGGUGAUCAUUAUGUCAUUGGAGCCUCUACCUGCUUCAAAUUGGACAAACGUGGUUUUUGGGAUUUGGCCAUUUCCGAAGAGUUCAAACAUAUCUUCUGCUGGGCUUAGCAUCCUGAGAUCCACUUUUGUUACACUGGUUACAGAGCCAUCAACUCUCCGGUUGACUUGGUCAUUGUUUGGGAAUCCAUUCUUCUUCCAGGUGUUAGAAUUCCCCGGGGGAAUCACCAUCAUCCCUCCGCAAGGGGGUUUUCCUCUCCAGGAACCACGCAUGCUUUUUAAUUUCACGCUGAAUUUUUCCGUCUAUCAAGUUUAUGGUAAAAUUAGCGAGUUGAAGAACCAGCUUUCAUCUGGGCUACAUCUCUCUAAUUUUGAGGUUCGAUCUCUUACCCUCCUGCUGUUCAUGCACAUUCUUCUUUUUGCAGUCCUUUUUUCUUUUAAUUCUUAGAUCGAUUGCUGAUUUAUGUUUCGUAUUUUCCAGUAAAUGAGACAGAGUGACUGAUAAUUUGUUAUGUAAAUCUUCGUUUGGACAUUGCUACAGCUCAUUUGGCGCAUCUAGAGAUAGAUUCGAGAGGCUGUCAGAAUAGAAGCCCUCUGUGACUUGAUAAUUCUCACUUAGUGCAUUUCAUAAUAGUGUAAUUUCAUCUGCAUGAGAAAGAUUUUGCCGCGGAGAUAUAACCGUUUUGUGUGAAGAUAACUUCAAAAGUCUUGGCACAUGACAUAUAAUGCAUUUAUUUCAAAACCUUGGAUCUCAGUGGAAAAUUCGGUUCAUCUUUUAUUGUGAAUGAAAUAUUUUUGGUCCAGUUUUAAGUCAUUAUUUCACUGAUAUCUAUGCAUAUUUUUAUUUAUUAUCUUGCAGAAUUUGUAUUUCAGCUUGACAAAUUCGCACGGCUCCACCGUGAGCCCUCCGACAGUGGUGCAGACAUCUAUUCUGCUCGCGGUGGGGAAUCACCCGCCAUCUAAAUCAAGAUUGAAGGAACUGGCUCAGUCUAUCAAUCCGGCAAGGAACCUCGGCCUCAACCACACCGUGUUUGGCAGAGUGAAGCAAAUUCGUCUCUCCUCCUUCCUCCGACACUCCAUCAACAGUUCUGGGCCCUGCAACUAUUCCUCGUCUCCGAGUUCAGCCCCUCAGCCUCACCCAACUCACCACCACCGCCACCACCACCACCACCACCACCACCACCACAGCCACCACCACCACAGCCACCACCACAGCCACCACCACCACAGCCACCACCGCCACCGCCACCACCUCAACGACCACCACCACCACCAUCCUGGUUAUCUUGCUGCACCCACGCCUUCCCCUCUAUACAGCAAUGCAGUUCCACCACCACCCAGCCGCCAAUUUGGAUCUUCUAAGAAGCCCAAAAUUGGGUUCCACAUAGAUCCGGCGGUGCCGCCAUCUGUGGUGCCUUCAUCACCGACGCCCGACUCAAAUUCUGAGUCAUCUCCCAUUCCAUAUGUAAUCUUUUCUCGAGUUCAUCCUCCCACUGAGAGCAGGGCAUCUCCUGCAAAUCCCUCCGAUAAGAUGGCAUCCUCAUGUGAGUAUUCAUCCUUUUUUACCAUCUCCAUCCAUAGUUUUUACCUGUCAUGACAUGAAAUUGAAGAACAACUUUCAUGGGCUGCUCAUAGAUUUUGAUCUUCUUUUAGUAAAAAUCUUGGUGAAUUCAUAUUCUUUCAGGGUUCAUACGUUUUGGAUGUUUUCUCUGCAGGUACCACGACGCGGCUCCAUUUAAUUCCCCGGGCCCUUGCUGUUGCGCCCGUCCUCUAUUUGUUCCUCUGCUUGUGAAGAGAAGGGAAGAAGCAACCCUUCCAGCUUCUGCCAGAUAAGCGGCAUCCGAAGGUGGAGGCCCCUCUUGUAACCGAAGUCUCUGUAUAUAUUUCAGCGUAGGAAUAGCGACCGUUGCGGCGGAGGGAAAGAGAGAGCACGCCGCCAGGCGGCAAAUAAUGUGGUGGCGCUUGCUAUUCUCACCCUCCUCUCUUAAACCCGUCACCAACUUCCUCAGAAGGCUGGCCAAAUAUUUUCAACUGGGUCUUUCUCCUUGGGUGA